AUGGGAGCCCAUAGAUACUUCACCCAUCGUACGUUUAAGGCAAACAUCAUAAUACGACGAGUCCUUAUUGUCCUAUUUACAAUGUGUGGUCAAAAUUCACUGUGGCAAUGGGUAAAGGAUCAUCGUCAACAUCACAAAUAUUCAGACACCGAUGCUGAUCCACAUAACGCACGGAGGGGCUUUUUCUUUUCCCAUGUUGGGUGGUUAAUAUCCGAAAGGCACCCUAAAGUCCUGCAGUACAGCAAGGGUAUUGAUAUGUCGGACCUAGAAGCUGAUUCUUGGAUAAUGUUUCAGAAUAAAUACUACUUCCAAGUAUACGCCGUGGUUUGCGUCCUUAUUCCGUGCAUUAUUCCAAUUAUUCUCUGGAAUGAGGACCCAGUGAAAUCUUUUUUGGUCUGCUACAGCGCAAGAACGUGCCUUUCACUCACAUUUACAUGCUUCAUUAAUAGUCUGGCCCAUACCUACGGUCAGAGGCCCUACGAUAAGACAAUUCUUCCGCGACAGAAUAAGUUUGUUAGCAUCUUUAUCGCCGGAGAGGGGUGGCACAACUUCCAUCAUGCAUUUCCAUGGGACUACAGAGCCUCAGAAUUGGGUACAUCAUUCAACUUAGCCGCAAAUGCGAUUGAUUUUUGUGCCAAAAUGGGAUGGGUGUAUGACCUGAAGACAGUCAGCGUGCAAUCCUUAGAGAAGCGAAUUAAGAAAACCGGUGACAACUCCCAUGAGAAGUACGGGAAACAAGCUAGUAAGAAAUUAAUUUAA